AUGUUCGGGCGAUGUCGAGGUCCCAUCUGGCGCAAGGAUGACUUCAGCCAAUGCUUCCUGUCGGACUAUCUGGAAGUAGCAAUACCAUUGCUCGCAUGCGCAGUUUCGCUUGUCGCCAUUGCCAUACAAUGGCUCGUUCAUGCAAUAAGCCAAGAUGGGAAGAGCAAGGCGCAGUAUCAGCAGGCGCCUCAGCGGGACGAUCUCGACGAAGAUGGCGACAGCGAUGAAGAGACGGACAGCCUGUCGGAUUUGACUCUACAGAAGACUGUGAGCCGAGCACGACAUUCGAUCGUCGAUCUGGACCGCCCGAAGGCUGAAAUAUACGUUGUAAGCGUUGAGCUACUGGCACUGUUGGCACAGGUCGGUCUCUCUGCCGCCGAGCUGUCAUCUGCACGACACCAUCUGUCAAGCCGUCGGACCCGUGUCGCAAUAGCAUAUUUGGCAGUGUGGUCGUACAUUGCUAUACUGGGCGGUAUACGCUUCUACUCUUCGGCAACAAGGCGCUCGCUUUCUUUUCCGCGACUUUGGACACAUACCGCUCUUCUGUACGGAACCCAGUGGUUGCUAUACGUGUGGGUCUUUCGCACAGUUCUCAUCCAUUCGGUCGCCACCUCGUAUCGCAACAUUACUAUCGCUCACUUUGCGCUCAACUCUCUGCUUCUAGGAAUUGCGUUGUGUUCUCGAGUCGGCAAUCGAGGCGUUUUGCUGGAGUAUGAUGGCGACAUAGAGCCGAGCAGAGAGCCUCUUGCCAGUCCUCUUUCUGCAGCUACUUUUGGCUGGGUUGACGCCAUUGUUUGGCAAGGCUUCAAACGUCCGUUGGAGCUCGAAGAUGUCUGGAAUGUCGCCCUCAAGGACAAAGCUGAAAUCGUCCUUGCACGAUUCCGACAAGUCAAGACGACCCACAAUUUGGCUCUGCGCCUCCUAGGCCACUUCAAGGGGCCAAUCUUGUUGCAAGGUGCCUGGUGUGCUAUGUCCAGUGUUUUUAUGUUCCUACCCACAUUGUUGCUGAAAGCGAUCCUGGAAUACCUGGAAGACCAAUCCAUUCCAGCCAAUGCUGCCUGGCUUUACGUCAUACUCCUCUUCGUCACCAGCGCCAUUCAAGCGGUUGGCGAUGGGCAGGCCUUGUGGAUAGGCCGCAAGAUAACCAUUCAACUGAGAGCCAUCAUCGUCGGGGAGAUAUACUCGAAGACUUUGCGAAGAAAGGCUGCAGCAACAGCGGAGACAGAGCUCGGGCAGGAGGUCGAGAGCCCAUCUAGCAGGUUGUGGAAGAAGCUCGCACACAAGUGGUUCGGUGCCAGAAUCAAGAAACAGGACCAGACAGCUGGGCCAAAUGCCGACAAGAAGAAGCCUGCCGACGCCAUGGCCAGCAAUGGCACCAUCAUAAACCUCAUGUCGAUUGAUUCCUUCAAAGUGGCUGAUAUCUGCGCCUACCUUCAUUUCCUGUGGGCAGCUGUUCCGGUCCAGCUCAUAGUGGCAGUCGCUCUCCUCUACAACAUACUCGGCUACAGCUCGAUUGUGGGUGUUGUCUUGAUGGCUCUCGUACUGCCCUUGAACAUGUGGAUUGCGAAAUCCUUCCAACGUGCUCAGAAACGCAUCAUGGCCGCUACAGACAAGCGUAUCCAUGCGACCAACGAAGUCCUCCAAAACAUCCGCAUCAUCAAAUACUUUGCGUGGGAGCAGAGGUUCAAGGCGAGCGUGGACGAGAAGCGUGCUGUCGAGCUGUCGGCGUUGUGGAAGAAGUACAUCCUGUGGUCAUUUGCUGCUACAAUCUGGAGCGGCGUUCCUGUGCUCAUCACUUUCAUUUCCUUCUUGAUUUACACACUGGUCGAAAAGAAAGCAUUGGUACCCUCCAUUGCCUUUCCAGCCAUCUCAAUGUUCGGUUUGCUCCGGAUACCCUUGGACCAGCUAGCCGAUAUGGUGGCUCACAUACAAGAAUCAAAAGUAUCCGUCGACCGUGUAGAAGAAUUUCUGGGUGAGGAAGAGACGGAGAAAUAUGUACAGUUGCGCCAGACCCGGCGAGAAUGUGAAGGAGAAACGCACAUUGCACUCAAGCAUGCAACCCUGACAUGGGGCUCGACCGCUGCAAACGUCAGCAAAGGUGCCACGGAGGCUUUCAGGCUGAUCGACGUUGAUGUUGAAUUUCAGAUUGGGAAACUCAACGUUAUUGCCGGACCUACAGGCAGUGGCAAGACCUCGCUACUCCUGGCGCUGCUGGGAGAGAUGAAAUUGCUUGAAGGCACCGUCCAUAUACCUGGCGGUUCUGUUCGUCAGGAUCUUCGACCGGAUCCCGAGACAGGACUAACCGAGUCUGUGGCCUACUGUGCUCAACAACCGUGGCUGGUGAAUGCCACCAUCAAGGACAACAUUCUGUUCUCAGCUCCUUUCGACAAGCAGCGAUACAAGGCAGUCAUAUCGGCAUGUGCACUUGAGCGAGAUCUUGAGAUCCUCGACGCUGGCGACCAGACACUCGUCGGUGAGAAGGGCAUCACGUUGUCUGGUGGACAGAAGCAGCGAGUCUCACUUGCCCGUGCCAUCUACAGCAACUCCAAACAUUUGCUGCUAGACGACUGUCUCAGCGCCGUCGACUCUCAUACCGCCAAGCAUAUCUUCGAACAAGCGCUCUCGGGAGUACUGAUGCUGGAUCGCACGUGUAUCCUCGUGUCUCACAACGUCGCUCUGACGGUCCCAGAUGCUGCGUUUGUUGUUGUUCUCAACAAUGGUAAGGUCUCGUCGAAAGGGACCGCAGUCGACGUCGUAGCCAGCGGCGCUUUCGGAGAUGAUCUCAAAUCUCGACCAGGAUCGCGUGGAGCCUCGGUGGCUCCGUCACGGAUGCAAUCCAAUCGCGACCUCAAGGCACGCUUGGCCAAGGACGCGCAGAAGCUGAACGGAGACGCAGACCACCUGGACCAUGGAGUCGAGGAAGCCAGCCGGACCGAUAAGCAGUUCGUUGAUACGCGCAUAGAGACAAAGGCCGUCGGCAGCGUCAAAGCGAAGACCAUCCAAAUGUAUCUGGCGUCUAUGGGACCAUGGUAUUAUUGGAUACCUGCUGCGGCAGCCUUCCUUGCGAGUCAGCUAGGCUCUAUGGCAACUGACAUAUGGAUCCGACAAUGGGCGAAUGCAUAUCACACAUCAAAUGCACAGAUCGCGUAUGCUCACAAUUUCGUUCAUCUGAAGACAUAUGGCUUGACUCACGCGCUCGGCCUGCAAGGGACCAGAUUCGCUGGUGGCAUCAGCGCUUCCAGAGACGUGACUGCAUCCGCCGACGAUGUUGACGUCGGCUACUAUCUCGGAGUCUACGCCCUUCUCGGUAUAAUAUACGUCGCUAUUUGCCUGUCAAGAGAAUUGGUCCUUUUCUACGGCUCACUCGACGCCUCUCGCAAGAUACACGAUCGUCUGCUGGAAAGCAUACUGCGAGCCAAAUUUCGUUUUUUCGAUUCUACUCCGUUAGGCCAGAUGACCAACCGCUUCUCGAAGGAUAUCCAGUCCGUCGAUCAAGAGGUAGCCCCAGUCGCUAUUGGGCUGAUACACAGUGCGGUUUCGGUCCUGUCGAUUGUCAUUCUUAUUUCGAUUAUCACACCAGGAUUCCUGAUCCCCGGCUUCUUCAUUGGUCUGAUGUAUCUCGCUACUGGUAUGUUCUACAUACGCGCGUCACGAGAUCUGAAGCGCAUUGAAUCUGUCCAACGAAGUCCACUUUUCCAGCAUUUCGGUGAAACUCUGUCUGGAGUUGUCACAAUUCGAGCAUAUGGCGACGAAGCUCGAUUCAUGCAAGACAGUCACUUGCGAGUGAACACGCACAACCGGCCGUUCAUCUACCUUUGGGCAACGAAUAGGUGGCUUGCCUUCCGGAUGGACCUGGCUGGCGCUCUAGUCUCGUUCUUCUCCGGUGUCUUCGUUGUUGUCAAUGCUGGCAAGAUCGAUGCAGGUGCUGCAGGUCUAGCUUUGACAUAUGCUAUUCAGUUCACGCAGAACGUCCUAUGGCUCGUCAGGCUGUAUGCAUCCAAUGAGCAGAACAUGAAUUCUGUUGAACGAAUUCAAGAGUACAUCGACGUGGACCAAGAAGCGCCAGCACGAAUACCCGCCACCGCCCCUGGCCCGGACUGGCCGAGCAAAGGUGGUGUCGAGUUCAGCAACUACAGCACAAGAUACAGAUCAGAUCUAGAUCAGGUUCUGAAGAAAAUCUCCUUCACGAUUCAACCGGGCGAGAAGGUUGGCGUGAUCCACAUCGACAAGGUGGACAUCGGCCAGAUUGGGCUACAAGAUCUCCGGGAGGCCAUAACGAUUGUGCCCCAGGACCCGACACUGUUCACGGGUACUUUGCGAAGCAACCUGGAUCCCUUUGAGCUGUUCACGGACGCAGAGGUUUUCACUGCUCUUCAGAGAGUGCAGCUGGUAUCUUCCGUCGAGCGGGCAAGGAAAACGAGCACGAAUAAUCUUGGCCCGAAAACGAGCACGAACAGUCUCAAACCCAAAACGAGCACCAACACUCUCAAUUCUCCCAGCCAAACGCUGACCUUCGUAGCGGAAGGGUCGUCAAAUUCUUCCGAAGACGGCGACUCCCCUAACGACAGUACAAUCUCAUCAGGCUCCACGCUAGCCCACGUCUCGACCAACAGCAAAGACAACAAGAACAUAUUCCUCGACCUCUCCACGCCCAUCGCAGAGAGUGGCUCAAACCUCUCGCAAGGCCAACGCCAACUCCUCUGCCUCGCGCGCGCACUGCUCAAAUCGCCCAAGAUCCUCGUCAUGGACGAGGCGACCGCGAGCAUCGAUUACGCGACCGACACGCGCAUUCAGAGUACGUUGAGGGAGUUGAAGGAGCAUACACUGAUAACGAUCGCGCAUCGUCUGCAGACGAUCAUAGACUACGACAAGAUCUUGAUGCUCGAUAAAGGGAGGUAA